GUCUUUCAUAUGUCGAGUGCGUAUGACAUAUGAGCAGUAGGGGACACUGUGAGAGAGUGUACUUCUUUCUGCUGGCCAUGCCGACUAUCAGCGUGAAGCGGGAUUUGCUUUUCCAAGCUCUGGGCAGGAGUUACACGGAUGAAGAAUUUGAUGAAUUAUGCUUUGAGUUUGGAUUGGAACUUGAUGAAAUUACUUCCGAGAAGGACAUAAUAAGCAAAGAGAAAGGUGAUGGAAAGGCAGAGGGUGCCUCAGAAAUAAUUCUCUAUAAAAUUGAUGUUCCUGCUAACCGAUAUGACCUUCUUUGUUUGGAAGGUCUAGUCAGAGGUCUUCAGGUCUUUAAAGAGAGAAUAAGGGCUCCACGAUACAAAAGGAUCAUGCCACUUCCUGGUGAAAUUCAAAGGCUUACCAUCACUGAAGAGACUACUCAAGUCCGUCCUUACGCUGUGGCUGCAGUUCUUCGUAACGUAACUUUUACCAAGGACCGCUAUGAUAGCUUUAUUGAUCUACAAGAAAAAUUACAUCAGAACAUAUGCAGGAAAAGAUCAUUAGUAGCAAUUGGUACCCAUGAUCUUGACACAGUCUCUGGUCCAUUUACAUACACAGCUAAACCACCAUCUGAAAUUAAAUUCAAACCUUUGAAUCAGGACAAAGAGUACAGUGCUUCUGAAAUCAUGGAUCUGUACAGGACGGAUAGCUAUCUUAGGCAUUAUCUACACAUUAUUGAAAGUGAACCACUUUACCCGGUUAUCUAUGAUAGUAGCGGUGUUGUUCUUUCCAUGCCACCGAUAAUUAAUGGGGAGCAUACAAAAAUAAGUCAUAACACCAGAAAUGUGUUCAUUGAAUGUACAGCUACAGAUCUUACUAAGGCAAAAAUUGUUCUUGACAUCCUUGUCACAAUGUUCAGCGAAUACUGCCAGAAGCCGUUCACUGUUGAAGCAGCAGAAGUAACUUAUCCUAAUGGGAAAAGCUACAUCUUUCCAGAGCUGGCUUAUCGUCGGGAAAAAAUAAAACCUGAAAUACUGAAUAAGAAAAUUGGAAUUAGUGAGACUCCAUCAAACCUUGCAAAGCUGCUCACCAGGAUGUGUUUGAAGUCGCACGUCACAGCGAAUGGGAACAAUAUAGAGGUUGAAAUCCCUCCUACCAGAGCUGACAUUAUCCAUGCAUGUGAUAUCAUAGAAGACGCAGCAAUAGCGUAUGGCUAUAAUAACAUUCAGAUGACUAUUCCGAAAACAUACACCAUAGCUAAUCAAUUUCCUCUCAAUAAGCUCACAGAACUUCUGAGACAAGAUUUGGCAGCGGCAGGCUUUACUGAAGCACUCACUUUUGCUCUGUGUUCCCAAGAAGACAUUGCUAAUAAACUGGGAGUUGACAUAUCUGCAACAAAAGCUGUACAUAUAGCAAAUCCCAAAACAGCAGAAUUUCAGGUGGCGCGCACUACCCUCUUGCCUGGCCUCCUGAAAACUAUUGCAGCUAAUAGGAAGAUGCCUUUACCUCUGAAACUCUUUGAAAUCUCUGACAUUGUAGUGAAAGAUUCCACCAUGGAUGUAGGUGCAAGAAACCACAAACGUCUUUGUGCUGUCUACUAUAACAAAAAUCCUGGCUUUGAGAUAAUUCAUGGAUUGCUAGAUAGAAUCAUGCAGCUACUAGACAUCCCACCAAUUAAAGAGAAGGGAUAUUAUAUUAAAGCAGCUGAAGACCCUGCUUUUUUUCCUGGGCGCUGUGCUGAGAUCUUUGCAAAAGGGCAGAUUAUCGGAAACAUAGGAGUCCUCCAUCCUGAUGUUGUCACGAAAUUUGAGCUCACCAUGCCUUGCUCUGCCCUCGAAAUCACCAUUGAGCCUUUCUUGUGAAAUCCUGGCAGAAGCAUCCCUCUUCAGUCCAGAUAGUUUUGCAUCUAAGAUACCAUCAGGCACCUGUCCCUUAUUUUAAUAAAUUAGGCAACGAAAUAGGCAAAUCUUAUUUUGCCCUUUGUCAGAUGUUCCUUCAGUGCAAUAAGGCUUUUAAAAAUAGGUUUUUCUUAACAAACUGAGCCAUCAGUUAUAAAAAAAGUUCAGUAUAUUACCAUGAAUAUAUAUAUAUAUAUAUGGACAAAUAACAUGAUCUGUUCUCCAGAAGGUUCCCAAGGCUGUAACAGAUUACCGCUGCAGGAAUCUCAUUUUUUUCUUAUUGCAUGGAAUAACAUAAUCAAAUACCAAUUGUGAACAGAACUGAGGAAUUAAGCUUUUCUUUGUAUAGGGUUGAUAGGAACUCUUCAGGGUGGAGAAGCAUGUAGUAACAUACAUUAAAGCUAGGUUUCUAGAACAGA